AUGCAAACAUUUAUUUUGCCCGGAAGUAAGUGGURUGAGUCGCCGUUUUCUCUUCAUAAUAACACAUUAUUUUGACCAAGGUAAAAGGGACAUAAAAAGAUAAGGCUAAAUUAAAACUGGCUACCUGACUGAAGAUGCCAGCAGCAGAAGUCAGUUCAAUCGGCGUCCGCAGUGUCGUGGAGAACAUCUGCAGGCUUCCUCCAGAUGUGUUCAGUAAAGCAUGUCAGCAUGUUCUGACUUAUCUUCAAGGGCAAACCAGUGGAGUGGAUUCAGCUGAAAUUUCUCAUAGAUUUCAGGCAGCUGGAGUGGCACUUGAUCAUGAAGCGCUGCAGAACAUUAUCAGAUUUCUUCUCCUUACAUUCAGGUCAGCUGGGAAGAACAAUCUCUCCGCAGARGGACUUUUGUUGAAGCUGGAAGAAGGCAGUAACAAGUGGUCCAAAGCUUCUCUUCAGGUGCUGCACGGGUUGUGGAGCGAACACGGCACGCUCGUCCACGCUCAGCAGGAGGCUCAGUCCGCGCUCAGCAUCGGUCAGGUUGUGGAUGUGCAGUGGAAGCUGGGGAUGGCAGUGAGCUCAGACACAUGUCGGUCCCUGAACUCACCGUACGUAACCCUGCUGCUGAAGACCACCGACCCCUCUGGACAGAUUAGCCGCAGAUCGUUCGAGAUGACCAUUCCACAGUUCCAGAAUUUUCACAAGCAGUUCAAGGACAUGGCAGCGAUUAUGGAGACUGUAUGAUUGUUACGGUUUAGGACGGUUUAUGAGUUUAAUGGAAGGGACAGCUUGGCGUGUGCGUUUGUUUGCAGCGGCAGUCUCAAAAUAUCUAAAUAUCACUCUCAGCUUGUAGUUUUCCACAGAUUACUUAAACAUUUUUACAUGAAAAACAGUAAAAACAGGAACACAAAUUUUUGCCUCUCUUAACCAGUCCAGGUCUUUAAUUUCAGGGUUAUGUAUUAUUCUKAUCAGGCAGCAAAAGCCACAUUUAUUGCCUUAAUUUAGCUAGUUGUUCUAAAAAGUUAGAUUUAUUAGAACAACUUGUAUUAAAUUCUAUUUUACAGAUUAAAAAAUAUGUACACUGAAUACUUACUGUUUUUAUUUACACAAAAAAUGUUACAAACCCCAUAGUACAACAUGUAGUUUUUCAAUACAUAAUUUUUUGGCAAAGUUAAAAUGAUUUAUGGGCCUUUUUAGCCGAGCGUAACAGUUUGAUCACAUAAUCAGUUUUUUUUCUUUCAGUUCAUUUCAUUCAUAAAACUAGUCUAUGUUUAGAAUAAAAUAAUAAAAAUCCAUUUUUUUGCACUUUAAUGAUAAUAAUGAUUUCCACCAUUAAAAUCGUCAGAAUAUAUUGUUGCUACAAUCAGACUUCACAAUAAAAUAACAGCUGUUUGCAUUAUUUUUUGGCUUUUAAAUGUAAUAAAAUCACUUUUUAAUCGUGACCUAUUGCUCGUGUUUAGCCCUCGUAUGUUCCUGAUUAAAACUAUUGCACGAUAGAUGGGAGUGUGGCUAAUUAUUGUGGGUGAGUCACCUCUUAAUUUCUGCACAGCAUAGCUAAACACGGUUCAGGUUUUCCCAGUCAAGUUUAAUAGAAUGCAUGUAAUUAAAUGUAGCCGUUUUCUUUAUUGCUUUAUUUGAUUAAUGARGCAAAUGUCGGCAUGGAGGAUAAAGGUGUGUUGCAUUUAAUUUUGCCAAGAUGUUUUGCUUAAUAAAAUGAAACAUUUGAUCAGUUUUUAGACUGGAAUAGA